AAUCCGUACCACUACAGCGGUAGCAGAGAGCUUCAACGUCGAUUUCGUUCACUGCUCGCGAAUAUACCGAAAUCUGGAUUUUUGCGGCAAAGGUUAGCUUCCAAAACGACUUUAAUCAAGUGCUUCAAAUUUAGCUUCUAUCGCGUCUGUGAGUGAUUUACUGAAAAAGUCGUUCCGACUACUUCGAUCCGUGCGCUGAUUCCGAAACCGUGGCGAACAGAGUGACCUCCAGUGUGGUGUUAUUUGUUGUGCUGUGCAAAAGUUCGCGAGCCGUGCGUAUUUUCCCCCUUUUCGCCGUCAUCUGUUUUCCUGCAUGUGCGCCGUGCCGUUUUUCAGAAUCUGAUCAAUGCUCGCUUGCUGUGGAGAGCAAUAAUCGUCCUUUGUCGAAGACACGCAGCAAUCGCAUGUUUGUGGGCGGACCUCCUGCAAAGGACCAACGCUAGCGUACCGACACCGAGCGAUUGUAAGUGAGGACAAAAAGUGCGGCUUACAUAUCGAUUAUUUGCAGAAGAAUGUCGUGUUGAUGUUUGUACCAAUCCUUGUUAAUAGGAGUAUCCUGUUAAAGUACGGAACAGCAGCGCUAUAUACCCUUCGUGUGAAAUUUAUGUGCACUUGUGUGUGUGUGUCUGUGAAUAAGUUUCCCGUGUGGAAUAGUUCGCAGUGGAGCAGUGUGGUUGUAUAAUAAUAACAAUAAUAAUCAGUGUGCACAAGAACCGAGCAAUCCAGUGAAACUAGCACGUCCUAAAUCCUGAAGUAUUGUCGAGUUCAUCUUGACAAAGCAAAAAAAAAAAAAAAACAAAACAAAAGCGGGCAACGUUUCUUGUUGGCCAGUGUUUUCUGUGCGCUCAUCGUCCAUCCGUUGAGUUGCUGCGAGAAGUGCUGCAGCUCUUGUGGUGAAGCCAGCAGCUGCAGGAGAGAGAGAGAGAGAGCGAGGAUACCCCCUUUUUGAGACAGUACGGGAAAAUAAAAAUCUUCCACCAUUUUCUCCAAAGGCGAAAACAUGGCAUUUGCGGGCCUAAAAAAGCAAAUUAAUAAAGCAAAUCAGUAUGUCACUGAAAAGAUGGGAGGUGCUGAAGGCACCAAACUCGACCUGGACUUCAUGGAGAUGGAGCGUAAAACGGACGUCACAGUCGAGCUAGUCGAGGAGUUGCAAGCCAAGACCAAAGAGUACUUGCAACCGAACCCGACAGCUAGAGCAAAGAUGGCAGCGGUCAAAGGUAUUUCUAAAUUAUCAGGUCAGGCUAAAAGUAAUACUUAUCCACAACCAGAAGGUAUACUGGCUGACUGCAUGCUGACGUACGGUAAAAAGCUGGGUGAGGACAGUAUUUUCGCGGCGGCGUUGGUUGAAAUGGGCGAUUCGCUCAAGCAGAUGGCUGACGUGAAAUACUCGCUUGAUGAUAACAUCAAACAAAACUUCCUCGAGCCGCUCCAUCAGCUACAGACGAAGGAUUUGAAGGAAGUGAUGCAUCACCGUAAGAAACUGCAAGGCAGGCGUCUUGAUUUCGAUUGCAAGAAACGGCGACAAGCCAAAGGAUCUCAAAUUACAGAUGAUGAAAUUAGGAGCGCUGAGGAGAAAUUUGCCGAAUCGCUACAGCUCGCACAGGUUGGAAUGUACAAUCUGCUGGAGAAUGAUGUCGAGCAAGUCUCGCAGCUGGUAACGUUCGCUGAGGGAAUGCUCGAUUAUCAUUCUCAAUGCUCGGAAAUACUGAAGGUGCUGGUGGAAACACUGAACGAAAAGCGUGAGGAAGCCGCAGCCAGGCCAAAGUCCGAAUUCGUCCCCAAGACGCUUGCCGAUCUGAACAUCGAAAUGCUCGGUUCGCAGGAUGGAAUGAACGGUGGGCCCCAUUUCCUUAAUCCCAACAGGUUGAACAAUUCCCAUCACCACAUGUACAGCUCCCAGCAAAAUCUGUCCGCUAACAAAAACCACGCUUCCAACCACAACAACAAUAGUAGCCACUUUAACCGCAACCGCCUGUACGGCUCCCAUCAGAGCCUGGCGUCGACGCGGAGCGGGGGCGCCUCGAGCGCAGUCAGUGGUGUCGGUGGCAGAACGGGCGACACAAGCGGCGUUGGUAGUAUGAGUAGUGCCGACGGGUCCGACAUGCGCCCACCGUCCUACGGUGCACCUGUGGACAGCUGGUUAAACGCAUGGGAUCAACCGACUGGUGGGGAGUUUGCCGGAAACGGCAACGGUGGUGUUGGUGCAGGGUCUAGGCAGGGCAAGAUUGGUGCGGCCUACAGUGGGUCCAACGUUCGGUACGCUAACAAGAGCAGUACGAACAGUACGAUGUACAGUUCCGCUUCUACCAAUAGCACCGCAAUUGGGUUUGCUAACAACAACCACAACUUCAGUGUACCUUGGUCAGGCGGUUCAUCAUCACAUCUCAGUUCGCCGGUCAAUAAACCGACACAUCUGGAACUGUUGGGCAAUGGUCAAGCACAGGCGCGUUCUACUAAUGCAUCCCCAUUGCCAUCGCCGAUGCGCUCUCCCGCAAGAACACCGAUGCCAACCAAACCCACACAACCGUGCUGCACAGCGCUGUAUGACUUUGAGCCAGAAAACCCUGGCGAGCUGGGUUUUAAGGAAAAUGAUGUCAUUACGCUCAUCCAGCGCGUGGAUGAAAAUUGGUUCGAGGGCAGCCUGAACGGAAGGAACGGAUACUUCCCCCAGUCGUAUGUACAGGUGACCGUGCCACUGCCCAGCAAUUAAACAGUAGCCAGCAGCAGGCAUGCAAGCGCGUUAAGGUUAUAAUUACUCAAACAUACUACGUUACGAACUUACGCAAACAAAAAAACACAACCCACAAACAAAUGACAAUUAAAGCAACGCAAAAACAGAGCGCGUAUCAUCUCUCCUCUUGAGAGAUCUGGGAGUGGGAGAAAGGGAAGAUCGAUAAGUACACGGAGAGGACACUCAUGCUGUGGUCAACUGUAACAGUAUAAUUAUGCUGCAGCAGUGUUGGCAGGAACUGAGCAAAGUACUGAAGCAUUGAGUUGACGGUCCGGCAACGGUCCAAUAACAAUCUGCCGUGAUUGAUGCAUACAUCGGAAUAGCUAGCGCCAAAUCACAGCAUAACAAACAGGAAGAAAAAAAAAGUUCAUAAGCUAUUAACCCAAGCCGUCUCCUCCAGACAGAGAGAGAGAGAGAGAGAGAAAAAAAACAAAACAAAAACACACACACACACACACACACUUUUUGUCUCCUCUCCAAUCUAUGCAACUAGUUUACAUACUGAACAAUUAAAUUACUCGGCUGGAGGAAGGUAGCAACAACAACAAUAAAACACACACACACACACACACACACAGAGAGAGCAAAAUGACUUGGCAGUAGUAUCGGUUCGAAGUUGGCAUUGAUUUGACUGGUCACUAGCGGUUAGUAUUCACCCAACCUAUACACACACAUCUUUACACAGUGAGACACGUUACAGGCCAUAUGUAUAUGUGUGUGAGUGUUGUUUGUUGAAAAGAGCAGUGGCCAUUUUACUCUGUCCUUCACUAAUGAACGUUAUGUCCACUCAUGUAAGGAGCGUGCGAGCUGUUUUAAUCGAGCAAACGUUUUAUUCAACACAAAAUCACAACUUUAAAACCGCAAACGAAUUGGUCGGAUACGAAUUUUACUUUCGCGAACCGCGGACUCACGCGCUAAUCCAUCCAACGUUCUCUUUUAUUAUUAGGUGAGGGGUAGAAGAUGUGUGUGUGUGUGUGUAUGUGUUUUCCCCCUUUGGUUACCUAUCCCAGUUUCAAAGAUCAGGCCAGGAGUGUAAUAUGGGAGGUUAGUAGGAUGUGACUGUAUUGGUUGGUGAAACAUCCACGUUUGCCAUAUAAGGAAUGAGGAAUGAGUAGCGUCGUAGGGAGGAGAAUGCGAGAAGCGAAACAUUAUGAGAUUAGUAAGACAGCGUUAUGUUUGUUGACAGCUGCAUGGUUUAGGGUGGCCUACUGUCAUCAUGUUGCCGUUAUAUAUAUUUUUUUGCUUUAUUAUAGUAUAUCACAGUUUGUUGAUAUUUGAGCAUCACGUUUAGGUAGAAGCAUCAUCAUUGGUGAGAGCGUACGUUUGCUGGGUUUUAAGUAUUGCGAGUGAAAUAAUGCUUACGUUACUGCAGAUAUACAAUACCUGUUAUGCGAGCUCUCUCUCCCUCUCUCUCUCUCUCUUAUUUAGCCAGUUGGUAACGAGUCAAGAGGAAGCCGGUCGGCAGCCUGUAGUAAUAGUGCGAAUCGAACAGUAGGCUUAGUAUUUGCGUUAGUAUUGAUGUUUGAUAGCUAAUUUUAACAUUAAUUACAACCGGUUUUUUUUUGUUGUUGCGCCGCGUUAUAACUGUUUUAUAGCAACCUGUUUUUAAUUAAUCUAUUUGACCAGCUUUCGGUAACCAUGCCACCUACAAACGUUGCUCAAAAUGCAGUGUGAGGGAACUGCAUAUUGCUUUUUUCUUCUUUGGAAUUCCUUUAACGUAUGUACAAGAGCUUUUCUCGUACAAAAACCGCCAGUUCGGCAGUUGAGACACGAUUGUUUAAGGUUGCACGAGGAUAGGAAACCUCUACUCCUUCCGCUGAUGUCAAUGUGUUGCGCCCACGUUAGUUUGAGCAAGCGCAUUACUAAGUUAAGGCUGAUUAGUACCGGCUUAGAGUAUUAUUUGUACAGAUGAAACUAAUUGUACGUUUUACCUCCUUUAGCGUCCUACUUUAGUAAAAUCGCUCAGAGUCAUUAUUAGUACGGAUAAAAUGAUAAAAUGUUGAAACAAUCUGCCGUCAAGCUGUGUUACGGGGUUUUUGUUUUUGCCGUUUCCUCACUCAUGGAUUAUAUAGCGCAUUUUAAGUGAAAGUCGAACACAGAUUUGGGCGUCCGAAAUAGCAUUUAUUGUUUUACUUCGAUAGGAGCUUCGACGCGGUGUUCAUUGGUGGUUUGUUUGGUUUUUUUUAUUGCUUUAAAUGAAUCAGAGAAAGGCUGUGUCCGAUAGUACAGUUAUAUGCAUCUAGCUUUGGUUCGAAAAAAAAAUCUAAUCUCACUGGAAAAGCGGUCAAAAAACAAAACGCCAACCGAGAAAAUGGGACUGUCGAGGAAGGUGGAGAAAGAAACACGAUUGGGUGUAACACGGAAGGGGGGAAGGCGGGGGGGGGGGGGUUUGAGCAAGCAAAACAGACGUGUGACUAGUGCCCGAAACAAGUUCUCUCUGAACCAUUUAUUUACUAACGUGUACACCGACUCUAUCGGAAGCCUCUAUGAAUCCUCUCCCUGAGCUAAUGUUAGUGCAAUGAUAUUUGACAUUAAAGUAUAUACAACCAAAGAUAUUUACCCGGCUUCGGGGCGCGAAACAGAGUCUAUAAACGAUAGCUACCACCACCACCACCACCACCACCAUCACAAAAGGGUCAACGAUCGACGAGCGAUCGUGUCCGGUCGAUCGAACGGUUACGCCGGCCGCAUAAUUCAUCGGCAAUAUAUAGUGGCGGCGUGAUGGGGAACGAUGUGAUGGGCAGAUGUAUUUACAAAACAAAACACAACACAUCUCUACAUGUCCAAACGCUUACGGUGAUCGGAAUGAAGGAAACUGUUAUCUUGCUGAACAUGUGCGAAAGGUGUGCAGAUAUAGGUAGGGUUAUCAAUUCUUAUUCACACGGCCCACUGGUACGGUGCGGGAGUUUUCACCGAGGGAAGAGACACCAGCAAAAAAGAAAAAAGAAAAAAAAAACACUAAGACUCUCUCCGUCUCUCACACUCUUCUCUCAUAUCUUCUAGCUUAAUAAGCUUCGUAAUUGUUGUUAAUCGUGGUUCUUGUGUAACUUUCCACUGUUUUAAUUUCAAUGUUCCGUAGGUGCCGUAGUGGUGGAGGUGGUGGUGGUGGUGGUGGUGGGUCAGAAAGGAAAAACAAGCGAUUCAUGAGUACGAUCAGUUUUGCCAGCAUUUUAAGCACCAUUAAGAAUCGGUGCCGAUCUUCUUGGCACACACACACACACUCACACCGGAUAUGCACCGAUGCAAAGACACAUUAAAGACACGAUUAAAUUGUGUACAUACUGAAGAACAUCACAUUUCGGAAGGAGUAAAUAGACAGACAGAGACACACAAAGAAAACUCCCGCAAAUCAUGCACAAAGCAACAGUUUACACUGCACAUGCAAAAAGUGUGAGCAAUUAGGCGAGAUUUAACGGUAGUGGCGGAACUAACGAUGCGGAUAUGGUGUGCAAUUACAUGGAACUGAACUCGGUAAUGGAACUAAAUGUACGAAGAACCUAGUAGAAGCGGUCCUACCCCUCACCCCCCUCCAAUCCUCCCGACAAACCCCACACACACACUAAUGGUAACCCAUGUUUCCGUAGGGUUCAAAUCAAGCACCUUAACAUUACAAAUGAAUCAAAACCACUUGAAAAAAAUAAUAGCAAAGUUACGAUUGGAAGGUAAUUGCUUCACUUGUGAGAUUAAUUUUCCUAUUUUGUGGCACUCAGUCAGUAGCACAGAACACACACACACACACAGUUUAGAUGAGAAAGGUUAGCCAUGCAGGUAGGUGGUUCGUUACGUUAUGAUCAUGUGCAGUACAGCGAUCUGUUAAUUAUAUAUAUGCCUUCCAAUGCCGUGAUGUUGGAUGAUCGCAAGGAAUAAGUUUCUUAACUUCUUGCUGCUUACUUGUGCUACACAUGCAGUUUCAUCCAGCGUAUUGAAUUAAAGAUUAAAAGUACCAUCACACACACACACACACACCCGUGUACACUGGACACUCUGCAAUCCAUUAGGAAAGGGAAUAAAUAGAUCGUUCAUUGGCAUUGGUGGCAACAAAAAAGAAAAACGAAAAAAACAGUUUCAAAUUCUCGACGAUCGAACUCGAAACGAUGUCAAACAAUACUAAAAUACUUUGAAAUAUCAUCUUAAAGGACAAUACAUAGCUGUUAAAGUAAAACUAAAUAUGGAGGCAACUGUGGGGCAAGAUAAUUAUGAAAUGGAGGGAGAAAACAAACAAAAAAAAAACAAAACCCAAAACACACAACUACAAUCUUUAAGGUUUACAACUUUAAGUGGAAUUAAACGGUAGCAUUAGUGGAACGGCGAAGGGAAACGAAUGCUUGGGAACGGUGGUGGCAGUAUUAGCCUAGCCGGCCGACAGAUAACAUGGUGUAGGACACACAGAAACACAGGAUAGUUAUAACACUCGUAACUAAUAAUUACAGCAUACAUUAUAUUUGAAUCGUAAAAAUACAUU